CCCAUCUCUGUCUCCUUCCCUCUCCCUCUCUCUACAAUCAAAACUCGAACGAUCAAUGAACGGUGAUGGCCAUUCCAGAAAUUCAAAAUCUGAAAGACGAAACAUGGGAAGAAAGAACCCUCGACCUCCUCUACGACUCCAAGAUCGAACAAGAUUCUGAGAAAUCAAAAUCUCGAAAAAGUGCAAACAAGAAGCACAAACUGCGCUGGAUGAAGAGCCCCAUGGUGAUUCCAGAAGUUAUCCUCGAGCUUCAAGACGAAGCUUUAAGAGAAUCUGCUCUUCGAUGCCUUAGCACUUUUCUUCUCGAGAAAAGAGAAGAAGAUCCAAUUAAUUACGACCGGACUGGUUACUUGUUGUAUAAUUCUUGCAGCACAAUGGCCAUCUUAUUACAGGAAAUUCUGGCGUUUGCCCGAAUGGUGGCUGAUGAAAGUCCAACUGCAAGAGCAUCCAAGCGUUUCCUUAAUGUUCUGACCCUCUUUCAGUGCAUUGCAGCUAACAAAGAAACAAGACAUACUUUUGUCAAAUCUUUUUUGCCCAAUGUCCUGAUACAACUGAUAUUGGUUGAGAUCCCACUGGAGACAUUUGGGAAUGUUCGAGCUGUUGCCCUAUCUGUCAUCGGCAUUCUGUGCCAGGUCAAAGAACCCAAGAUCAUUCAAUGGGCUCUUGAAAGCAAUAUGGUGGAAGUCUGCCAGAUAAGCAUAGAGAUUGGAAAUGAACUCUCCAAAGUGGUUGGAAUGCAUAUUCUUGAAGCCAUACUGCAAACUGACUCAGGGAUGUCUUACAUUUGCAGUCCGACACAUAAUCAUCUGCUGAAGGGAUUGAUGAACGCGUGGGAUAAUCUGGUCACUCGUUUUGCUGCUGGCCAAGAAUUCUCUCCUCGGCUCCUAUUUCACAUUAUUCGAUGCUAUGUCCUUCUAUGUAGAUAUGAGAGGGGAUUUAGUAUUGUAAUGGAGAGCCUACCUGAUCACAUCAAAGAUGGUUCUCUUGAUGACAUUGCAGAGGAGUUCCCGGUAAUUAGGAGUCUGGUGCAACUCCUACUACUGAUUGUUGGUAAAACCGACGAAUGCUGCCCGGUAUCUCUACCCCAUGACUUGCUGCUGUAGUAGGAUGAAUGCGGUAAUUCAAGAAGAAAGAAAGGGUUGUCACUGUCAUGUUGGGUGUUGCUUCUAUCUUUUCUGGCUAGAGCUUGGAUUCUUCUGGUUAAUCAUGUAGAUGUAGUGACAAAUUCUUUGUACUGACCCAAUGACAAAAAGGAGGACAAUAGAACUCAAUGGGUGUUUUGUUUACUUUCCAAGGAGUUUUCAUUGCUUUAACUUUAGACUUUUCCAGACCAAAAUUUCUUUCCUCUUGUCGACUGAAACACAUGAUAGUUGGAGGAAAAAUUAAUGAAGAUGUCUUUUAUUUUUA